AACAGCCACUUCCUUCAGUCUGCAGACUCCACAGCUCUAUUCGUGUUGACUGUCCAGAGUCCACGGAUACAGCUUUGCUCGUCCUACCACUUUUAGUUUGAGUGACCUCCACUCAGCCUACAGCGGCUCAUCAGCAUACCAGCUUCCUCAGCAACCACAUUCCAUCUGCCUCUCCUGCCUCUGCUCAGACAUGUCGCUCUACAGUUUUGGGUUGGAGCCGCUGUCCUGCCACGCCUGGAACAAAGACAGGACCCAGAUUGCUGUGAGCCCCAACAACAAUGUAGUGAACAUCUAUGAGAAGAAAGCCAAGGACUGGGUAAAGAUCCACGAGCUCACUGAACACAGUGGACGCAUCACAGGAAUUGACUGGGCCCCUGAAUCCAACCGCAUUGUUACAUGUGCCUCUGAUCGCAAUGCCUAUGUGUGGACUCUGAAAGACAGUGUGUGGAAGCCUACACUGGUCCUGUUGCGCAUCAACCGUGCAGCCACUUGUGUGAAAUGGUCCCCGCUGGAGAACAAAUUUGCUUUGGGCAGUGGAGCUCGACUUAUCUCUGUCUGCUACUUUGAGAAAGAGAACGACUGGUGGCUGAGCAAGCACAUCAAGAAACCCAUUUGCUCCACAGUUCUGAGCUUAGAUUGGCAUCCCAACAACAUCCUUCUGGCAGCUGGGUCCGCAGACUUUCACUGCAGAGUUUUCUCAGCCUACAUCAAGGACAUUGAGGAAAAGCCUGGACCCACACCUUGGGGAGCUAAGAUGCCUUUUGGGGAGGUGAUGCUGGAACAUAAGGACUGUGGUGGGUGGGUGCACAGUGUCUCUUUCUCCCCCAAUGGAGAGCAGCUGGCCUGGGUGGCUCACAAUAGCAGCAUCACAGUGGCUGAUGCAGCCCAGGGAAAAGAGGUGACCCAAGCGACCACUGACUGCAUGCCUCUGCUGAGUGUCCUCUUUGUCAGCCAGACUGAGAUUGUUGCAGCGGGUCAUGACUGCUGCCCCUACCAGUUCACCUAUAAGGGUCCUGGAGCUCUGGAGUUUGCCAAGAAGCUGGAUAUUCCCAAGCAAACGUCCAAGAGCAGCAUGUCAGCGAUGCAGCACUUCCGCAACCUGGACAAAAAGGCCACAGAGGAGGACAACAACGAGAUGGACACCCUUCAUCAGAACAGCAUCACGCAGCUGUGUGUUGUGUCAGGGGGAAAAGCCAAAGUGGAAAUGUUCAGUAGUGUUGGUCUGGAUGGAGCCAUGGUGAUCUGGACCUUUAAGGUUUGAGUUCACAUGGGACGUCGAUUCUGGAUGUUUGACCGAAACAAACCUACUGUGUUGUAUAACCCGAUCGUUUGGUAGUUUUAUUGGUUUCCCUUGUUGUUGUUGUUAUUCUUGAAAAAAAAAAACACCAUCAGCAAAAAUAAACCUGAUUUUAUAAAAAUAAAUACCAGUUAAUGGAUUUUUGAUCUGAAUUUUUCACAUUUUCCUGCUGAAUAUUUGGAACACAGUAGAAGACAGUAAGUAAAGACAGCAGCAGAGUGAGGAAAUGUGGUCAGUUUGUCC